CCACCGAUCGAGAUUGUCUGACUAGCUCAGUUUGUAGAGAAUUUCAAGGGCUAUCCAACAGUAUAGUUUUCAAACAUAGGUAUGAAGAAAUGAAAAAGCUAUUGCAAAAGGACCCCUUCGAUUUUAGAUGAACACCGCAAUGUUUUAAUGGAAAUUCAAUAUCCCAAGAAAAAGGAUACUUGGGGUUGUGCUCCGCGAUAUGAUGGGGUUUUAAAUGGAAAUGGUAACGUUCAUGAUGAUGAACAAGAUGCUGCUGCAGUUUAUCGAGAUAAUGAUGUUGGCAUUGAUAUUGCUUUUGAUAAUUUUGACGUUCAGUUCGAUGAUAGUUUUAAUACAAGCCAUAAUGCAUUUAGCAAUGUUCACGAUGAAAAUCCUCUUGUUGCUGCUGGCACCGUUGCUGUUGUUGCUAAUUAUAAUAAUGGUAAGAAAUUAUUAGUAACUGCUAAAUUUAGCAGUUACUUCUCUCACUCUGAAACAUGAUUUUGCGCACUCCAAAGCACUUAUUCUUCUAGUACACUCUUUUGCUUCUACAAACAAGUGAAGAAGUUCAAAGGACUCAAAAGACGUAUCUGUUCGAUAACCACCUAACUCUACCAAACCAAUCAACUGAUAAAGUUCUAAAUUGUCUGUUCACACAUCAAAUUCCGCUCUACAGAGUAGCUGUACUCGGAGUGCAUAUUUUCAAAUACAUGCACUCUUUUACUAACUCUCACUCCACGACACGCCUGCUUUCCAAAACUGAAUAGUAAAAUGAGAAAAAAGACAAGAACAAGUCCGCAAUAAUAGUAUGUAACAGACAUGUCACAUAUAUAUGUUACAGGCUAUAUUAAAAUUCAGAUAGAUUAAAUUGGUCUAGUAUACGUAGUUCUGAUUUCAUAGUAGUUCUGAUAUCAUAGGGUAUAUUUCAAAAAAAACGAUAAAGGCAAAAGUUAGAAUUUGCUUGCUAACGAGGAAACCUCUGGACAUGCACCCCUCUGUUUUUAUUCAUUCAUACGUCGAUCGAUAGAGGAUAUCGAGGCUGUAAAAGGAUUCGGGCCGAUGGCCUUUCCUUCAAAAGUUAUAGGCAUUUUUCUGUUUUUCCAGCGACAAGUAGCUGUAAGUUAACGUUUUCACCAUCAAGUUUCAAUUUUUUGUCAAAACCAACAUCAUAUUUCGAAUCAGCGUUAAAAACUGCAUUGAUCAAUCUUUCCUUCAGAAUUUUAGACAACUUAGAUUUUUCAGCAAAAACUUCGGUCUGCAAACAGCUGUUUCUUACAGCUGUUUUGGGCUGGAAAAACAGAAAAAUGCCUCUGGCUUUCGAAGGAACAGCCGUCGGCCCGAAUCCUUUUUAGUCUUUUACAACCUCGAUAUCCUCUAUAGACCGACGUAUAAAUGAAUGAAAACGGAGGGAUGCAUGUCCAUGAGUUUCCUCGUAAGUAAUUUAUUACAAAGAAUUGUAAGUAAAAAUUAUUUUUUUUUAAGUAUUUUAUUUAAAUUUCAAAUAAAAAAGAUUAUUUUUCUAAGCAAAAUAUUACAUAUAUUUUGAUAAACAAACUAAUUUUGUUAAGUAAAACAACAUAAAUGUAUAAGGAAAAAAUCUAAUUACACAAUUACUGUAUUAAUAACUGUAUCACUGUCAUGUGGAUAAUACAGAUAAAUUGCUGCAUCGCACUGCUUGCCACGAAAUUUAACUUGAUUAAAGUGGUAAUGAACCUUAGUUCCAUCUUUCAUGUAUAAUUUCUUUCGCUCAUUAAUCCGUUAUUCAAUUAUCGAACAUAGUCAGACAACUAUUAUCAACGACCUACCUAAAAGCUUGAUACUGUUUAUGAGUAAAGUCAAAUACAAACACAGGUUCGUUUUUCUUAAUGCUCAAUAUAACUGGUUAUCUACUUAGAAAGCUUAGACAAAAUGUGACGUAGAGUUCCAAUAAAUAAUCAGCGAAAAAUUGUUCAACAUUCUUCAAUAAUCACUGUGGAAAUAGACAUAACCGAUGGUCAGAAAUAAUGACACACCUGUGUUCCCUUCUUUCUAAGCACUUAACUGAGAUUCUAAGACUCCAGUCUAUGCUCAUUCUGUAGCGAAUGUUCUGCUCUACAAAGUGUUUUACCUUCUUUCGUUACAUAUUAUUUCAUUAUCUAAUAAAAUAAAUAAAAAAUUUGAGCGCAAUGAACCAGAUUAUCAUUCUAGUACCGGUCUGUAUAAUUCUAUUGAAAUGGCAGAAUAGCCCAUAUUGCUAGUGAGAAUAGUGUGAAAAAAAUCAGUUCUUUGUACGCUUUAGUAUAUAAUCAAACAUUUUCUUACAAUAUGCAACUCUAACUGAAUUUAUAUAAUAUCAUCGUACUAGAUUUUUAUCUGCAUAAAAAAAACAGUGAAAUUCUUAACUUACAUCGCAAUAUAUACAUCGUCAAACCAGCGACAUAAUAUUUUUUGUUAUACGCCAAAGAGAGUUUGAUUGAGAUGGAGAGUUGAAGAAAUAUCUUAAUGUUGCUAUGUUCAAGUCAGAUGCCAGAUUUUACGGAUGAACGAAUUUCGUUUUAAAGCAUACAAAGCCAAAAUGUAGAUCUUUCGCGUUCAACAAGGAAGUUCUAUGCUAAGCCGUUUUUCUAUUUGAGCAAUUUUUUCAGUAAGCUACUCUUUUCUUUUUAGAGGACUUUAUUUAUAUUGUGUGCAGUCAGAACCAUAGACGAUGUCUGAUGAAAGAGAUUUAGAUGAAGAAGAACAAGCAAAUGUGGGUCGAAUGAGUGGUCGAAUAACAGAGAAAAAUCCAAAUAACGGAAAAAAGGAGAAGUAUAACUGCACUAAAGGAUGCUCGAACCGUUUCUGUUCUUGCCCUAAAUUUGGCAGCGGAUGUAACGCAUCAUGCGGAUGCGUUUCAUCCUGUCAAAACAUGCUUAAUCAUCUUAAAUAUUUCUGAAUAUAUUAUUUUUGAAAAACGAUCGAUCGUGACGAACUUUCACAACGUAUCAUACAAGGUAACAGGUAAUUUAUUCGCUUAUUUAAUUAUAUUUUUUGUAUUUUUAAAUUUUUUGAACACCAUUUUUGUGAUAAGAAUAAUAUUUGUUAUACGAAACGAAUUCUGUCAUAAUCGUAAUGACAUAAUGAUUUUCAAUAAAAAAAAUGUUCCCUUUAGAGAUGUAUCGAAUGACUUCUUAUUAUCAUACAAAAAUGAGAUUAGGACAGUUGCUCGAAACGAUUACAAAGGACGGGGUGCAAUAAGAACGAGGAUCGGCUCUGUUUCAGAUCUUCUCGAAAGGUAUCUAGAAUGAAAGAGCAUACAAUUUUAUGGGGUUCUAUACCCUUGGUUCCCCUUCGGACCUCAUAUGUGUCAGAAAAUCAAUCAGCUUUCAACAAUAGCUCCGCG